AGAAGAAAAGAGAUUGCUGAACGACGACGAGUUUGUCAAAUUUCACAUCGGUUUUUCUUUAUUACUUAAAGAGGAAAAAUUUUCUAAAAUAACUUUAAAAUAUAAGAAAAUUUCAUAGGAAAACUAAAAAAUCAACUAAUGUAAUUAUAAUUUCAUUGCAUUAACAAUAAACAAUAAGAAAGCUGAAAGUAUACGUGGUUAAGUGGAAAAAAAUAGAAAAAGAAAGCAAAACGAUAAGCGACCGAAAUUUAUUUUUUUUUAUUAAUAAAACAUGGCGCGUCUAACCUACGUCUACAGAACGGAGGAUUUGCAAAGUUAUUUAAACGUCGGCCGGAGACAAUUACCCGUGAAUGCAGGAGAUGAAAAUUUAGUGAUGCUUAUGGAUUUAAAUAGCAAAGGUCUGUGUAUCGAUAGUCCUCAUAUUCGCGGUAAGGAACUGGAAGAAUUUACACGCAAAUUUAAUCUGUUGACAAGUGAGGAAUUACGUACAUCCCUGGAAAUAAACAGCAAUACUUUUGUAUCGGUACUUAAUCAGUGUGUACAAUGUGUUGGCUGUCGACGUCGUGUUGAACGUUUAUUUUAUCAACUUAUUAUUUCUGGACAACCAACUCUAGAUCCUUUGGUACUCAAAAACUCUGGUGUACUUAGUAUAACAGAGGAGAAAAUGAAAACGCCACAAGCCUUGGGAACCCUGCUCUAUCGUCAUCAUGAGAUUUUAAAUAAUUUGUUAGAGAGUAAAUUGCGUAAUAAGACACGUUGUGUUUUACAUUCGUUGGAUGCAUUUCGUUCGAAACCUUUUUCGGAAACAUGGCGUGAAGUGUGGUCAUCCAUGAAGCAUAAUUGCCGUGAUGAAUUGGCUGUUAUCGAAACGAAAGAACUGCAUGAAGUGCUGGAGAAUUAUUUGAAGAAACAUAAAUUUUGCAACGGUUGUCGUACAAAGAUCGAAAAAGCUUAUAAAAUUUUAGUGGGUGAGACGACAACGAAGGAGAAGGGCUAUGUCGCGGCACUUUAUGCCAAUAUUAAAAAGUGUCAUCCCGACAAGCACAUACAUGUUUUCACGAAUAAAAUCGACUUUCUCGACGCUCUUAUAAGGCGCGCCGAACCCGAAGUCAACGGAAGCUAUUCGAAACUACGUGAACGUCAUGCGAAAACAUUAGAAAUCGCCCAGGAAGAGGUACUGACAUGUGUUGGCAUGAUUAUGUACGAACGUCUGCGUCGUGUCUAUGUAAGUUUACGGGAAGAGGAACGUGCCUGUCAAGUUUUAGCCGCUGUUGGUGUUCAUGCCCUGUGUCGCAGCUUUGACAUGUCGGUGGAAAAGAAACAGGGUAUCAGCAAUUUGGAACUGCUAUAUCAGGAGAUUAGUCGUGCCGAAAAAGCCAAAGAACACAAGCGCGAACAAAAGAAAUUGAAGAAAAAGAAGAAGAAGAAUGAGAAGAAAAACUCCCAUCGCAUGUGUGAUCAUAACAACGACGCAAAUUCCGAAGGAGCCGAUGACGAUGAUCAUCAAGAGCAGGAAGACGAUGAGGAAUCGCAUGAAAACUCUGUGUCGAGUAAUGAUGUGUGUGACGUAGAAGUCGUAGACUUUAAAGGGAACGUAAAGGAGAAAGAUAAAAAUAGGAAAGCUUUAACUGCUGGCCAGAAAGAUAUUGAGGAAGACGCAGGUGUUGAAUGUGAUCAUCUCGAAGAAACUCAUGAAGAUGUUGGUGGUGAGGAAGAUGACGACGACGAUGUUAAUCAACAUCAUUCGCAGCAACAAUCUUCUGUUCAGCAACAAAAAACUCAACAACAGCAGCAACAGAAAAAGAAGAAACAAAAGCAAAAACAAAAACUUAAAACACCACAAAAGAAAAAUAAUGUUUCUGCUAACAACAACAGCAACAACAAAAAGAAGGAUAAAUUAAAAUCAAAUUCUUCUGCAGAUGUACAGGACGUUUCUAAAACUACUACAUCAAUUAACACAACCACCACGAUUAAUAAUAAAAAUACAAUCAAUGCCUCAACCGCCAAUACAGUUAAAUGUAAUGAUUGUCAUUCACCUCAGUCAGAUUGUCCAUGUGAAAGUGAUAUUAAGGAUUCGGGCUAUGGCAGCGAACCUUUAUCUCAUGGCAAUUCACGUACUUCUAGUGUUGUCUCAUCGCCCGAGGACACGUCAGAGGGUUCGGAAGUUUCCUGGUCGGAUGGUAGCCUCUUGGCUGAUUUAGAUAAUGAACAACACCAUCACCAUCACUAUGACGAUAAUGAUGAUUUAAAUGAUCAUAAUUGUGAUCAAUCAUUUGAAUUUCGUUUUGGCUUGGAUUCAUGCAAUUUCUUCCAUCAGCAUCAAAUGAAUACGUUGAGUCUACAACAAAUGUUGGACGAUUUCGAUGGCGAUGAUGAAGACGAAGAAAACUGUUACAUUCCUCAAGAGGUGGUCUUAGAAUAUCAGUGCCAACGUGAAAAGGUUCAACAAAAACGUUUGCAAUUACGCGAAACAUUGCGUGAAAAUUUCGCACGCCUGUGUUUGGAAAAACGACGUUUGGCGGCCACAACUACAACAUUUAAUAAAAACUAAAAGGAAAAAUAAAAACAAAUCAUAUAAAAGUGUUAUGGCCAAACAACCGUCCCCUUCGGCCUAAAUACCACUUAUAGGCAUAAGAUGAGACUUAAAUCUGACCAAUAACACUUUUUCUAAAGAGGAGAAAAAAAAAAUAGUUGUGUUGUGUAAGAGAAAAACUAAGCAGAAAAAGAACAUUAUUAUUAUUACAAUUACUAUCCCCCUCCCAUAAUACAACCACAUCAAUUCAUUCAUACAAAUGAAAA